UCGUAGAUACACGCAUGCGCGAGACGCCGGCAAAUCGAGACAUAGCCCCAGGCAGCGUAUCUAUUCGAGCUCAGUGCACCGACACCAGCACCCCAGUAUGAAGUAAUUUUUAUAUCACGUUCGAAUGUUUCGCCUCGAUUUUAAUACAAGCAGACGUUUUCAAUACAGAAAUGUGCACAGUCACGUUGUUAUAGAUAGAUAGAAAGAAACAGUAUUUGUCACUUAGUUGAGUGCUGCGAGUACAGUGCGCAAGAUGCAGGCCGGGGGGCCGGAUAGUACGGCGGUUUCUGAAGCCCCUAGCAGUGGCAGCGAGGACUCCGACUGCGAGCCUGGGCCGGAGACCGAUGCGGAUGCCGCUCUCACCGAGGAGUGGGCUCGGGAGCUGCUAGCUGGGGCGGGCGUGGUCGACCCGCAUGAGGUACAUGUGGAAUCACGGGCAGGAGUUGCUGGUGCCCUUAGCCGGGUUCUGGCUGUGACAGUCUGCUACGAGAGCAAUGGUGAGCGCAGAGCUCUACCUCUGGUCGUCAAACUGCCUCCGCGAGACCCAUUCGGCCGGUUGUUUGUUGCUGAGGCACAGUUCGACACCAGAGAGAUCCUGUUUUACACGGAGCUAGCACCAGCUCUCAACAAACUAGCAGAAGAAGCCCUAGGACCCGGAUCUGGCUUACCUGUGCCCAGAUGCGUCAAAGCAAGACUACCUGAUGAGAUCGGUGGAGACAGUGAGCUUGUAUUAGAAGAUGUCACUUCAGUUGGAUACGAAGCGGCUGAUUUUGCAGAAGGUUUAACUGAAGAACGUGCACGAUCUGCCCUUUUUGCGGCUGCAAGACUACACGCGCUUUCUCUGGCACUACGCGAUAGAGAAGGACCGUUAGACCAAAGAUUUGACUUUCUAUUUCCUUGCGAGAGAGCAGCUGCAGGAUACUUGCGCCUCGUUCGGAGGGGACUUCCACAGCUCGAAGCAUUUUUACGAGGGCGCCCUGACUGUGUCGAGGAAGCAGCUGCGGUGUCUGCUUUGAGUGCUAGGGCGCCAUCUUUACUCGGAACCCUGUUGAGACCUGCUGAGCCAGCACCACUUGCACAUGCAGAUUUUUGGAGUGGUAAUUUACUGUUUCGCGAAAGAGAAGGUGUGAGCGAAUGCAUUGCUCUAGAUUGGCAAAUGGUUUCUUUAGGAAGACCAAUGGAUGAUGUCGCAUUGUUACUUCUGUCAUCUUUGACGCCGGAGCUGAGAAGAUCAGUAGGAGAUACUUUAAUAGAAGAGUACGGAGAUCGAUUGGAAGCCGAGUGUGCGAGGUUGGGUGCUGCUUCUGCCGGAGUUACAGUGAGGCGGGGCUUGAGGCCAGAUUGGCCGCGGGCGGCUCUCAGAGCAUUGUUAUUGUGUGCGGGAAGUGUUGAUGUUGCAUUGGGAGAGCCUAGAGCUGAGCGACGACUACUGGAGGCUGUCCGGGAUCUACAUUCACAAGGCGUUCUCGCUCUGAGGCCUGAUAACGAAUCGUGAAACCUUUUAAAACGUGUGCCAAGAUCGUGCUUAGUGUUUGUUGGAAAACAAAGGUUCAUUAUUUAACGAUUCAGUCCAAUUACAUAGUAUAUCAAUGAUAUUAGUUAUAUUCAAUUAUAAUAUUAUUUUAAGCACAAACAACAAUUGAAUCAUGUGUGUAAUAACAUAGAUACUCUUUAGUUGACAAUGAUCGGAUUCGACGGAGAGUCCCACGGACCGCCAGACGCGCCGCGCGCUGGCAGCGGUGUUAAGCCUAAACAAAGACUGAAUUUACGUAUAUCUACAUCGUGCGUACACCACGUAUCGUAUCUACCGUAGAUGUUAAUUGCUCAUCGUAUCAAAAGCUAGAAAUUCAUUGCGGUCUAUUGACUAUUAUUUAAAGACAAAAUAAAUUAUUGACA